GCAGCAAGGCUGGAGUGAGACACGCGUGCGUUACACUCUUACAAGGAGUUACUGUUGUUCACAAACCUCCUCGAGCCAGCAAAAUCAUUGAACCUGGGCAAUUAUUGUUCAUAAUUGUAGGUUAUCUUCUCAGCUGCCUACCGACGUUUUAGAUUUUUGUCAAUAAUUUGGAGUCACCAUGCCUGCAAAAAAAGCUGUAAAGAGACCAAAGAUUGCAGCAUCUGAGAACUCAACAGUUGUGAAAAAACAUAAAGUCUCUCACAGUAGUCAUGGCCAGGAGAAGGGCCUGGUGCUUGUUCUCGGACAGGGUGAUGUUGGGCAGCUUGGCCUGGGGGAGGAUGUGCUGGAGAGGAAGAAACCAGCUCUGGUGACUCUUCCUGAGGGUAUCGUGCAGGCUGUGGCUGGAGGCAUGCACACAGUCUGCCUCAGCGACACUGGAAAUAUUUAUACAUUUGGCUGUAAUGAUGAGGGUGCUCUGGGUCGUGACACAUCCGAGGAGGGCUCAGAGAUGGUGCCAGCUAAGGUGGACCUUGGGGAAAAAGUUUUGCAGGUUUCUGCAGGAGACAGUCACACCGCUGCCCUCACGGAUCAGGGAACGGUCUAUGUCUGGGGCUCUUUUAGAGACAAUAAUGGUGUCAUUGGACUCCUGGAGCCCAUGAAAAAAUGCACAUUGCCUGUCAAAGUUCCUAUAGAAAAGCCUGUGGUUAAAAUAGUCUCAGGAAAUGACCAUUUGGUGAUGCUGACUGUGAGUGGAGAGCUGUACACCUCUGGAUGUGGAGAACAAGGCCAGCUUGGCCGUGUGGCUGAGCACUUUGCUAAUCGCGGAGGCAGGAAGGGGUUGAUGAGACUGCUGGAGCCGCAGAUGGUUAUCAUUAAGCCACGGGGGAAGGUCAUCUUCACGGAUGUCUUCUGUGGAGCGUACUUCACCUUUGCUGUGUCUAAAGAGGGGCACGUCUAUGGAUUUGGCCUGUCCAAUUACCACCAGCUUGGCACCCAAAGCACAGAUACCUGCUUUGUUCCUUUGAAACUUGGUUCUUUCAAGAACUCCACCACCUCCUGGGUGGGUUUCUCUGGCGGGCAGCAUCACACGGUGUGCCUGAAUUCAGAAGGACAAGUGUACAGUCUUGGUCGGGCGGAGUAUGGCCGUCUGGGCCUGGGGAAGGAUGCUGGGGAGAAGAGUGAGCCCACACCUGUCACUGGGAUCAGUGACGCUCAGGUCAUUGCCUGUGGUGCCUCUGUGAGCUUCGCUGUAACCAAACAAGGCUCUGUGUUUUCCUGGGGAAUGGGUACCAACCUGCAGCUGGGUACAGGAGAAGAGGAGGAUGAAUGGAGCCCAGUGGAAAUGACAGGCAAGCAGCUGGAGAACCGUGUAGUUCUAUCAGUGUCCAGUGGAGGGCAGCACACGGUCCUGCUGGUCAAAGACAAGCAGGAGAGCUGAUCUUUAACUCCUUGACUAAAGACAGCGGAGCCAAUCUACUGUAUCAGUGGUAUCUGUAACCUAAAACUUGAUCAAGAUUGGGGGAGUUUGGGAUUGGUAAUGCUUCCUGUGCUGAGCUAAGCCAGCAAAUGAGGGAGGUGGUAGGUUGUGAAGAGGGUAGGAUGAGUAUCAUCUGAUUAAACCUUUUAUCCCGCUUUAUGGGGAGCCCAAACAUUCACUGGAUAUGGUCCGGUAGAUGAUCAGAGACCUUUUUUAUGGA